UCCUCCUCUGCGCUGCAUUCCUUGUGUGUGUCAGCUCCACUAAACAUACACACCAAGGCUAUUUUUGACGGACUAAACUAACCUUCUUACAUUUAACUUACAUUAUUUUUCAUCAGAGAUCAAACCCUUAAGUUUCAUUUCAGCAGAAAUGUGUAACACAGCCACACCCACAGAACACAAGGAGCUGGUACAGCCUCUCAGCAGUCAUUUAUGUUAAUUUCCAGUGAAAAAGAUGCACACUGGGAUGUUUGGAGUGCCUUAACUGCAGUGAAUGAUCCUUUUCAUUGGACAAGAAUCUGAAAUCUACAGAUUACAGAAAUCUGGAUAUUGCAUCAUGUCAGCAUUAAGCACGUUUACUUCAUCCCCAGUGGAUCAGUUCCAGUGUUCAAUCUGUCUGAACAUCUCAAAGGACCCCGUCAGUACACCAUGUGGUCACAACAUCUGCAGGACUUGCCUCAAUCUGCAUUAUAACAACAGUGAGUUAUACCACUGCAAGGUCUGCAAUAAAAGAUUUCACUUGAGGCCGGCGCUCUUCAAAAAAACAAUCAUCUCAGAAAUUUCUGUCCAAAUAAAGAAGACAAAAAUAGAGAUGACUGAAGCACACCUAGACCCUCACCAAAGUAUCCCCACCUUGGUGAGACAUAAGCUCAUUAAUCCAUCGGAGAAUCUGCAAGAAAGAGUUUGUGAAAAGCAUGCAAGGAUCCUGGAGUUUUUCUGCAGGCAUGAACAAGUGUGCAUCUGUCUGCUGUGCUGCAAGACAGAGCACAAAGACCACCACACUGUACCAAUUGAGGAGGAAGGGGAUCAGCAGAAACAAACUAUUGCAUCCAGACAAGAAGAGAUUACACGAAAGGUCAAAGAAAGAAUAAAAAAGAUAGAGGAUUUUGCUGAUUCAUCCAAAAAGAGCAAAGUUAAAAUAAAAAAAGAGAUUGAAGACAGUGAAAAGCUUUUUAAUACUCUGAUAGAAAAAGUAAUAGAGAUUCAAGAGAAACUGAAGUCAAGCAUGGAAGAAAAGCUCAGAAAAUCACAGGAGAGGGACCAGGCAAUUAUUCAAUCACUGCGCGAGGAAAUCAAAGAUCUGCAGUGGAAGCACUCAGAGCUGGAGCAACUUCUGCAAAAUGAAGAUCCCCUUCAGAUUCUGCAGACUUUACAGGCUCUGAACCAAGAUACCAAGGACUGGUCCCAAAUCAAGGUUAGCUCAGACUUGUGCAUGGAGUCAGUGAGGAGUUCAAUGUCUAAUGUUGUGCACAGUUUCCAAAGAGAACUGAAGACUGUGACAAAAAAGGAGCUGAAAAUAAUGAGACAUUACAAAGAAUCAGUCACCUUUGACCCAUCCACUGCUGGUCCCUACCUCAUGGUGACUGAAUCUGGGACUUGUCUGAAGCACACUAGAACCCCAAGCUCAUCUGCUUUGUCUGAUAAUUCCCAGAGGUUUAAAUCACACAUGGUUUUUGGGAAAGAUGGCUUCAUCUCUGGCCGACAUUACUGGGAAGUCAGAGUUGGCAGGAGAAAUGACUGGGAUGUUGGUGUUGCCAAGAAGACAGUUGACAAAACGGAGGAGGUCAUUGUGAAAAAAGAAAAUGGAUUCUUUUCUAUAGGAAAGAUGGGGUUUGAUUGUCGAGUUAACUGUUCACCCUGCAAAGUUCUCCACCUUUCUUCCAGGCCGAGACAUGUGGGGGUUUAUUUAGACUAUGAAGAAGGCAGAGUGUCCUUCUACGAUGUGGACGAAAAGCUUCACAUUUACACAUUCAGAGUAGAACGUUUCACUGGAAAACUUUUCCCAUACUUUUACAUGUACAGCUCAGUAAAGAAACCUGGAACUUUGGUUAUCACCACUACAUAAGAUCAUGAAUAUUCCCUUGAUGUUAUUCUUGCUCACAAUAGUACAAAAUUAUGUGUAGCUGGAACCUGCUGAACACUUAUACCUCCCAAAGUGGUGGAGAAUGAGAGGGACCUGUGGGACUUCCAGAUGCAGACCGACAAAUUCAUGGUGGCCAACCAACCGGACAUUGUGAUCAUGGAUAAGCAGCAAAGGAAAGCCGUAGUGAUGGAUGUAGCCAUCACCAAUGAUGGAAAUAUCACAAAAAAAGACCACGAGAAACUGGAGAAAUACCAAGGACUCAAGGAAGAGCUGGAGAAAGCCAGCAGUCAGGUCCUAUGUUUUAAUAUAUUCAUGCUGUUUUGCUUCCAUGGCAACAAGGACCCUAGUAAGUUCACUGUUGGACUUUUCAUAUAAAUGUGAAGUUACUCACUGACUAUAUUUAGGAACACAGGCAUCAUGGAGUACACUGUUAGAAAAAAAAACACUCCAACGACACAGAGCUCAACACCAA